AUGCCCGAGGUCGUGGUAAACGUGAUGCAAACGCUGGAGAAACGUGAUGCAAACGCUGAGGCCGAUCCUACGGAGGCUCUUCUUAGACGUGAUGCUCAGGAGGUUAAACGUGAUGCUCAGCAGGCCUCCUUCUUUAAAC